AUGUCGAAGAUUAGAAAAGAAAUUCUUUCUCUUUUUAAUCGCCCAAAAGAGCCAAUAUUUAUGGGAAACAGAGAUGAAAAUAUUUAUUUCAACAUUCCAGUAAACUAUUUGGUAAAUAAAAUUUCUCCAAAUGAGCUUCAAGCAUCAGCAGCUGAAAUUUUCAGUCGUUUUCAAUCCAAUACUAAUGAAGAAAAAAUAAAUCUCAAAGAAAUAACUCUACCAGAUUUAACAAUUCCAAUGAAACUUGAUAGACGCCAGGCAUUUUCACUUUUUAUUCCAUCUCAUCAAAAAUGUGCUGAUCAUUUAAUCAAACUCUUUCUCAACACAAAAACUUAUGAUGACCUUUUGUCACUGACUGUUUACUGUCGUGAUCGUGUUAACCCCAGCAUGUUCAUCUAUUGUCUGUCUGUUGCACUUCUUCAUCAUCCAGAAACAAAACACAUGCCAAUACCAACAGGUGCUGAAAUAUUUCCUGACAAAUUUAUUGAUGGACAAAGUAUAUCAAAAGCUAAAGAACAUGCUGAAAUUGUACCAGUUGAUUCACGAAAAUCAAUUGAAAUUCCACGUAAUUACACAGCAACAGAUGUUGACUUAGAGCAUCUUGUUGCAUACUGGCGUGAAGAUGUUGGCAUUAAUUUACAUCAUUGGCAUUGGCAUUUAGUUUAUCCAGCUGUUGGAAGUGACACAGCUGUCAAGAAAGAUCGACGUGGUGAACUUUUUUACUACAUGCAUCAACAAGUCUUAGCCAGAUACAAUACCGAACGUAUGUGCAAUGGCCUUGGUCCAGUUAAAUCAUUGUUAAAUUUACGUGAGCCAAUUGCUCAAGGCUAUUUUCCAAAAUUAAAUUCAUCAGUUGCAAGUAGAGACAUACCAUCAAGACCAGUUGAUUUAUCAUUAAAAGAUGUCAACCGAGAAGAUGAUGGAUUACGUGUCACAGUAGCUGACCUUGAACAAUGGAAAGAAAAAAUUCACAAUGCAAUUUUAUCAGAUGCUGUUGUUGAUAAGGAGGGAAAAAAAAUUUUAUUAACUGAAAAAGAGGGUAUUGAUUUGUUGGGAAAUAUUCUUGAAGCUAGUGCACUUUCAGUUAAUCCAAAUUUAUAUGGUAAUCUUCAUAAUUAUGGACAUGUUGCUAUAUCAUAUUGUCAUGAUCCUGAUAAUCGUUUCUUGGAAUCAUUUGGUGUUAUGGGUGAUGUUGCAACAGCCAUGAGAGAUCCUAUUUUUUACAGAUGGCAUUCAUUGAUUAAUGAUUUAUUUAUGGAGCAUAAAAAUCGUUUGCCCCAGUAUAAAACAAGCCAGUUACAUGUUGAUGGAGUACAAGUUACUAAUGUAAAGAUCGUCACAACAAAUGAAAAUGUCGACAAUGAAUUGUCAACAUUUUGGAAUAAAAGUGAUAUUGAUCUAGGUCGUGGUCUUGAUUUUGCACCAGGUGGAUCUGUACUUGCUAAAAUAACUCAUUUAAAUUAUACUCCAUUUACUUAUAAAAUAACUGUUAAUAAUGCAAAUAGUGGUCCACUUGUUGGAACAUGUAGAAUAUUUAUAGGACCAAAGUACGAUGAUAAUGGUUCACCAAUGAAUUUUUCUGAUCAAAAAAAUCUUAUGAUUGAAAUGGAUAAAUUUACUGUUACACUUAAACCUGGAACUAAUGAUGUAACAAGAAUGUCAACAGAUUCAUCAGUUACAAUUCCAUUUGAAAAUACAUUCCGUAAUUUAAAUGCAAGACCAAGUGAUGAGUCUGAAUAUGAAUUUAAUUUCUGUGGAUGUGGUUGGCCUCAACACAUGCUUGUACCAAGAGGAACAACAACUGGCUUUCCCAUGAUUCUUUUUGUCAUGAUAUCUGAUUAUAAAAAUGACAUUAUUAUUCAAGAACCAUCAAUACAUUGUGCUGAUGCUGUUAGCUAUUGUGGUUUGAGAGAUAGAAAAUAUCCAGAUUCUCAAAGCAUGGGCUUUCCAUUUGACAGACCAAUUCCUGCUGGAAUUAAAAAUAUCAAUCAAUUUUUAACUGGCAAUAUGACUGUUGUAGAUGUUACUGUUAAAUAUACUGAUGAAGUUCGUGAACAGCUUACUAAAACUACAACUACAACUACAACUAAAUGUUGUGGUACAUCUGAAACGAAAAAUUAA